GCGCGGCGCGGGGAGGAGCCGCCACUGCCAGCCUGGGACUCGCGUCUGCGCGACACGGCGCUCCGAGGGCUCCUCGCCCCGGCCCGCCCACCCACCGGAAGCCGGAAUCGAUGGCAUUCCCUGCAGUCUUCCAGACAACGUGCUUCUUCAUGCUGCUGUCCUUGAGGGCUUGCCAGAGUGAAGUCUUGACCGAACAUUUACCGUUGACGCCUGAAGCACUUAAAGUUUUUGUCAAUUCUACACAGCAGAGUUUGCAUUUACAAUGGACCGUCCACAACCUUCCUUAUAAGGGGGAACUAAAAAUGGUAUUUCAGAUACAGAUCAGUAGAACUGAAACAUCCAAUAUCAUCUGGAAGGGGAAUUAUAGCACCACUGUGAAGUGGAACGAAAUUCUGCAUUGGAGCUGGGAAUCCGAGCUCCCUUUGGAAUGUGCAACGCACUUUGUAAGAAUAAAGAGUGUGGUGGACGAUGCCAAGGUCCCUCAGCCAAAUAUCUGGAGCAGCUGGAGUUCAUGGCAGGAGGCCAAAGUACAAGAUUCUUUUGAACAGGAUACAUUGUUCAUUUUCCCUAAAGAUAAGCUGGUAGAAGAAGGCUCUGAUGUCACCAUUUGUUACAUUUCGGGGAACAUUCAAAAUAACAUAUCCUGUUAUUUGGAUGGUGAACAGAUUCAUGGAGAACAACUUGAUCCACAUGUAUCCACAUUCAAGUUGAAAAAUGUUCCUUUUGUUAGGGAAAGAGGGACAAAUAUCUAUUGUGUGGAUCACCGAAGAAAUACCAUCAAUGGUGGCACUGUUCUGUUUGUCUCAAAAGUACUCGAGGAACCCAAGAACUUCUCUUGUGAAACUCAGGACUUGAAGACUUUGAGCUGUACUUGGGAUCCUGGGGUGGACACUACCUUGGCUUGGUCUAAACAACGUUCCCAAAGCUACUACACUUUAUUUGAAUCGUUUUCUGGGAAAAAGAAACUUUGUAAAGAGAAAAACUGGUGCAACUGGCCAAUAUCGCAAGACUCUCAAGCAAUGUAUAACUUCACACUCACAGCUGAAAAUUACUUGAGGAAGAGAAGUGUCAAUCUGCUUUUUAACCUGACUGAUCGAGUUCAUCCAAUGAGUCCUUUGAGUGUCAAAUUUGAAAAUAUAAGUGCCACAAAUGCUGUCAUGACCUGGAAGGUGCGCCCCACUGGGGAUUAUCUCACACUUUUGUGUGAGAUUGAACUCUAUGGUGAAAGAAAAAUGACACAACAGCACAAUGUUUCUGUCAAGGUGAAUGGCAAGUACCUUUUGAGUGAACUGGAGCCCGACACAGAGUAUGCUGCCCGAGUCCGCUGUGCUGCCAACCACUUCUGGAAAUGGAGUGAAUGGAGUGGUCAGAACUUCACCACACUGCAGGCUGCUCCUCUGGAGGCUCUUGAUGUCUGGAGAAGUGUGAAGUCAGGGCCAGGAACUCAAAAUGUGACCUUUUUCUGGAAGCUGCCACCAAAAUUUCAUGCCAAUGGGAAGAUCCUACACUAUACUGUCAUUGUGGAAAAUCUGGACAAACCAUCCAGGUUGGAGGCCCUCACCAUUCCUGCGCCGGCCAAUGGCACAGAACUGACCCUGGACCAGAGUUCUUAUGAAAUCCGUGUCACGGCCAGCAACAGUGUGGGGACCUCUCCCGCCUCUGUCAUGGUCAUCUCCGCAGACCCUGGAGACAAAGAGGUUAAAGCAGAAAGAAUUAAAGGCUCAAAGGAUGGGUUCUUCAUAUCCUGGAAACCCCAAUCUGGAGAUUUCAUGGGCUAUGUUGUAGACUGGUGUGACCAUCCCCAGGACACACUGUGUGACUUCCAGUGGAAGAACAUAGGUCCCAAUACCACAAGUACAGUCAUUAGCUCAGAUGCUUUUAGACCAGGGGUCCGAUACAACUUCAGAAUUUAUGGGUUAUCUACAGAAAGAAUUGCUUAUUUAUUAGAGAAAAAAACAGGAUAUACUCAGGAGCUGGCUCCUUUAGACAACCCUCAAGUGGACACGAUUAACUUGACCUCCCACUCUUUCACUCUGAGUUGGAAGAAUUAUUCCACUGAAUCCCAGCCUGCUUUUAUAGAAGGGUAUUAUGUCUAUCUGAAGUCCAAGGCGAGGCGGUGCCACCCAGGAGCUGAAAAGGAAGUUCUUUCAGAUACUACAGUAUGUUGUCAAUACAAAAUCAACAACCCGGGACAAAAGACAUUCACUGUGGAAAACUUACAACCAGAAUCCUUCUAUGAGUUUUUUGUCACUCCGUACACAAGCGUUGGUGAGGGCCCCAACAGUACUUUCACGAGGGUCAGGACUCCGGAUGAAUACUCCUACAUGCUGAUCCGCAUCAUCCUGCCCGUGAUUCUCUGCAUCUUUCUCCUCUUGGUUGCGUGCAACCUAAAGAGUCAAUGGGUGAAGGAAAAGUGUUAUCCCGACAUCCCAGACCCUUACAAGAGCAGUGUCCUGUCUUUAAUCAAGUCCAAGGAGAACCCUCACCGAACAAUAAUGAACAUCAGUGACUGCAUUCCCGAUGCCAUUGAAGUCGUGAACAAGCCCGAAGGAACUAAGACACAGUCAUUAGGCACCAGGAAGUCACUCACAGAAACUGAGUCCACUAAGCCUGUCUACCUUUAUCUCCUCCCAACAGAAAAGAAUUAUGCUGGCCCUGGACCCUGCAUCUGUUUUGAGAAUUUUACCUAUAAUCAGGCUGCUUCUGACUCUGGUUCUUGUGGUCAUCCUGUUCCAGUACCCCUGGGAGCCCUACCAAGUCAGCUGGGACUACUGACCUCACCAGAAAAUCUACUACAGGCACCAGGAAAAAACUGCAUGAACUCCCAGGGAGAAAUCCCAACUGGAGAAACUACUUUGAAUUAUGUGUCCCAGUUGGCUGCACCCGUGUCUGGAGAUAAGGACAGUCUCCCAACAAAUCCACUCAUGCCACCACCCUGUUCAGAGUAUAAAAUGCAAAUGGCAGUACCUUUUUGUCUUGUUUCACCUCCCCUGACAGAGAAUAGCGGGCUCUCUUCAAUGACCCUUUUAGGUCCAGGUGACCAUUACCAUUAACCAGCACAUCCAGGUUAUGCCUCUAUACUACCCAGAUGCUAAGGGGAGCAGAGCUGGCACCACUCUCAUCACCAGGUGCCUGCCUAGGUCCUACAUCUCAGUGAGUUGCCACUAUUUGCAGGUCUGAUUCAAGUAAGACCACUACAGUCUGGCUAGGUUAAAAGUCAGAAGCUAGGGACCUUGACACUCCUCCUUGGAACAGGCUUGCUCUAGAAAGGACAGGAUCAUGGGAACAUGCUUACCUUGCUGCUGUUCCAGGCCCACUUUCAUUUACAUCAGUAGACCUGAACUGAGGGUUGAGUAUGAAGUACUCCACAGAGUAGGCCCACUCAGUACUACACAGAGCUGAACGCCAUGUUCAGUAUUUUAAGGGUAAAGCAGUUAGAUUGAAAAGUUUUGUAAAAGCAACUGAUUUAUUAUUAAAGCAUAAAUUGUCAAUGUAAAUUUGAGUUUAGUGAAAAAGUCACAGGUGUUUGAGACCAAAAUAGGCUUUAGGCUUGCCUUGAAGAGACAAGAAUUCGUAGUUAUUGACACAGUAAAAUUAAAUCUUUUGGGUUACCUAAUUGGUAAAAUGUGGGAGUAAAUCAAUACGAUCUCCACAACUCUCUCGUCCAGCUUACUGCAGUGAAAGAAUGGGAUUGGUAAGGCGCUUCUUCGUGUGAGCUGCACUUCUGCUCUGUUAGGUAUCAGUAUUCUACCAUAAUUAUUGAUGACUACCUCAGGAUAGAAAAAGGAAGAUAUAUUAUCAAGUAAAUUUCAUGCAUAUUUUAUGGUUACUCUUUUCUUUCAAAAACUAUAUAUAAAUGACCUUUGGACUCUUGAAAUAGGUUGUCUGGGUCAAGAUUGCUGUCUCAUACGUGGUAUUCCUAUUAUGCUAAAACAAAUAAAAUGAAACCUCAUAGUUAAGACAUAAUUUAAAUGUAACUGUAAAAAAAAUUCAUGGAGUAGGAAAUUUUGUGUUGGCUCUGCAGAAACUCAGUAUCCUUUGAACCAGUAUAUGCAAAGCACCUGGUGCGUAACUGGUAUUCAGUACGUGCUAAUUCCUUCUUCGUCCCUCCACCCACCAAGCCCUUAUGUUUAUCUGUCACAUUUCUGAACAUGCAUGAAGACGGCUUUUUUUUUGUUUUCCUGACAGCCUUCAGCAUGACAGAAAUGACUUUGCCUAUGCUCCUGCCUCUGGUACCAAAUGCCCUUCACCAUGCCAUUAAAUGUUAGGAAGAGAGACACAUAUCCACAUCUCAAAAUAAUGUGGCUGUCAUGUGGCUUAAACAGCCCUAUACAACCAGUUCUUUUGAAGCUUUUCAACUUUUUCCUCACAUGUAACUCUUUUGCUGGAAAAAUUGGUCAUGUGCUCCUAACUUUAUCUUGGUUAGUCUAAUGGUUGUGAGAAGUCUUUGGGGCCAGUAUACUCAUCAUUUACCUUAUUUAUUUAUACUCCUUUGUCAUGAUACAAUUGUAUUUUUCAUUUGAAACUUGUACACAGAAAUAUCAAUGAGACUGAUGACUGAUUUGUUCAUGGUAUUUUUUCUUAAAGGUUUUAUUUAAAGAAUAAUCCACAAAACCUUGAAGUCAUUUUUGCUAUUGCAAUAAGCCUUAA